CUUCGAAAUUGAUCGAUGAUUGGCCAUAUCCUGCGGUGCUAUGCACAUUACUCAUGAACGCAGAUCACCCGGCAGUCACUCGAGUUUAUGAGACAUGGUGUUCACAACAAUAGUGGUGGAGCUGAAUUUAACCUGACACAAUUCACUCUCACCAUUCAGCAAUUUAGUGCCCGUAUGCAAUCCUUGAAUUGCCUGGAUCCAGGAUGUCCCUGUUGGCUUAUUUCAUCGCUGGGCUUUAGUGGCUAUAAUCUACUUAUGACAUAUCUUUUCUGCAUGACAGUGCUCGUCCUUAUUCCGGCUGCUUCCGAUACUAAGGUCUCAUACAUUCAUCGAAUACUCAUAGCCUCAGAUCUGAUUACCCAUGUUUCGACUACAAUUUCGAUUGCCAGCCCAAAACUCGCGGGCAAAACUGAGGAGUUAUAUAACAACUUACAUCAAUAGAUCAAUGUCACGACCUUUUUUUCAA